AUGAGACAAAGUCAUUUGGCAGAAGAAACUGCAAUGAUGCGAGAAGACGUUCUGUAUGACUCCUGUGCUGUUUAUGUGUGCCAUCUGGUCCGCGGCGGGUUUCAGCCGCGCCUUCCGACUUCGCUGCCGCCCCCAGGGCAGCAGCAGCAGCCGUCGCCGGUACCACGCCGACAGCCCGUCCCGUUGAUGCCUCCCGCGCAGCUUCAUACGGGAGCGCCCCGGGUGGUCGCUCCGGCGCCUGCGGUCCCUCUUCAGUCGCCACCGCCUUCGGAGCUGAUGGACGUCGACCCCUCAGCCGGGCCGCCUUCCCAAGCGGUGGCUGUGCAGCCUGUACUGCAGCCGCUUUCCUUGGGCACCCCCAAGGAGUCUGACACCGCAGCGCCUUGUCCGGCGCCCACUCAGCAGCCGUCGACGCAGCGUCAGGAGACGCUGCCUCUCUUCGUGGGUCCCGACGCCCCGUCGCGUCCAGUACCAGAAGCUGCGCCCGUGGUCACAGGCGUGCACCCUGACCUCGGUUUUCAGUCGGUGUUUCCCGAGGCCCCGCGCAGCCAAUGCUGGGGUGCGGACCGGGGUCUGCCACCGACAACAGUCUCCGCCCCGGGCGUUAAAUAUAUAGAAAUUCAUGGAUUUUAUGAGUCUGGUGAAUUUAUUUGCUCGUAA